GUAAAACCAGUGUGUGUGUGAUUGUAAAUUUUCCGUGUGAAUUUCAUGUGUAAAUCACAAAAAAAAACAGCUCAUAUAAUAGGAUUUAAUAGCAACAGGCAUUUCAGCCACACAUAAUUUCCGUAUGGAAAUAAUACAAAAUAUAAAUCCUCUUUUUCACGCUAAAUAUCAUAAAAUCGUUUGCAACUUGAUUGCACAUUAUAAAUGGCAAAUAAUUUGUGCAUGAAUUCAGUCAUCUGAAAUCAUUUGGGGCUGGGAAAAACUUAUGAUUACUGGCAUUAUCGAUGUGUGAUCUGCAUCGAAUCGCAAAUUGUGUAUGCGAAUGAAUGAGUGUGAGUGUUCAUUUCAGUAUUGAUUGCAUUCCAAAAAUACCGUGUUGUUUUAUAAAUUUUAAAUGAACUGUGAAAUUCGAUGUGAAUUUUUUGCAAAGUGUGCAAAUAUGAGCGAUAUUUAUAGACGCACAGAAAAGUCAACGGUAUUACAUCGACAUCGUUAAAAUGUCCAUGGGAAGGAAUGAGCUGUGGUGUGCGGAAAAAUCGUUAAAAAUUAUUCUAAUUUAAGACAUAACUUUCGAAAAUCAAGCCAAUUCAAAAAUAGACGAAGACGGUGAGAAUAAGCUCACACAACACAUCACACAACCGAUCACCAUUCAAAACAAAACCAAAAGAUGGAUACAAAUUGGAUACAAUACAUUUUCGUGUUAGCAACUGUUUUCCAUUCCAUUCAUGGAUACUCAGACAUAGAGGCACGUUUGGUAGUUAGGAAAUAUAUUGAAAAAGGAUCUAGCGCAACGCUGUACUGCGAGCACAAUGUUGAUCCAAAAAUCCUGUACAAGGUGACGUGGUUGAAAGAGAAUAGCGGAAAAUUUUUCCAAUUCAUCAAAAAUCGGAUUCCACCCUAUAGGAAUUUUACGAUACCCGGCGCUGAAAUCGAUUGGAAAAAUUCCAACGAAGAAAAAGUUCAUCUGGAGAAAAUCGAUUUCGAUGCGGCUGGCAGAUACUAUUGCGAGGUGUCAACUGAAACGCCCAUUUAUACAAAGGAAUCAAAUAUUGAGCAAGUACAUGUCAUUGUUCAACAGACCGGCCCACCGAAGAUAACAUUCAGCCAACGUCAAUUCACAAUUGGCGAGAAUUUAGUAUCAAAUUGCACAACGUCGAAAGCACAUCCAGCGCCACACAUUACUUGGUUAAUAAACGGAAAACAGGUUGACGAUAAAUAUAUAAGAACCAUUCAUUUACAUUCGGGUGGAUCGGGCAGCAAUGGUUCGGCCGGAAAAAAUUCACAUCGAGCAAAAACACUGACAAACAACCAACCUCGUGAUAGGCACGAUUCCAACAGUUCAUCGCGUGCCCGUACACUUGCAUCACCAUUUUCGCAGUCGUAUGGUCGUGAAGAGCCUUUAGCCCCUAAUGGCUAUCACUUUGGAGUCGAAAUACAUCAAAAUUCCGGUUACAAUCGAAACAAAAAUAAUCGAAAUAAUGGAUUUUAUGCGGCGGCGGAUGUCGAAAGUGGCUACAGCUAUAGCAAUAGCAAUGUAGAAACUUCCGAUUAUUUCGAUGGUGAUAAACACUACGAAACGAGAAAACAUCGAAAUCCACAUCGUUCACCACAUCGCAAGUACAGACGGCACACCAACGACCUAACGAACCCGGCUAAAUCGAGCAACAGCAGUCGACAUCGUUUAGUGGCAACGAGCAGUCAAUUAAGCAUCCAGGUAUCGGAGCUACAUGCAUUGAAUGGACGACUUGAAAUCAGCUGUUUGGCAACGAUUCCGGCUCAUGUUAAACCUGAAGGCGAACAAUAUGCUGACUACAAAACCUAUUCGGUGAAAAUUGACAUCGAUCCAGCUGAAACGACGACUAUAUUGCCGCAAAAUUAUAUGGAAGGUCCUGAUCCGUCAUCGAGUGAUCGAAGUGACUUUUAUAAGCUACAAAUUGCAUCGAUUACUCUAAAUUUGCCAAUUCUACUCAUAGUUUUGUUGAAUUUUCUACAUUCAUUCUGCAUGCCGUAAACAUAGAGUGAAAUAAAAAAGUGUCCAAGAGAACCAACCAAAUGUGGGCAAUUUGUUCGUUUUGACACACAUCAAACAGACUGCUUUUCAACGCUUGGAAAUGAAUGAAAUAAGGAAAUGUUAGUGAGUAGAGAUAAUCGAUAUUUUUUUAAUGAAACAAAAAAAUCAGUUAAA